AUGUCACCUCCCCUCGAAGCAUUGAGGUCGACCAUUUCCCCAGAUGCGACUCUCGUGUUUGAGUCAAGGUUUGAGUCCGGGAACUUGGAGAAGGCAGUGAGAGUGAAUGAGUGGGAGUAUGAUCUGGAGCUCAGUACGGACUUCAACACUAGAGGGCACACCCAGUGGUUCUACUUCUCCAUCUCGAACACCCGCAAGGAUCAGCCGUACAAGUUCAACAUCAUCAACUUUUACAAGUCAGACAGUCUGUACAAUCACGGCCUCCUCCCUGUCGUGUACUCGGAGAAGCGAUCGACCGAGGGCGAUGGAAUCGGUUGGUACAGAGCAGGAGAGAACGUUUGCUACUAUCCGAACACAACAAAGAGAAAGGACAAGAAGGCAAGGCGAUGCUUUCAUAGACAAGCAUUCACUUCCCUUCGUUUUCCUUCGCUCGACAGGGUGUACAUCGCUCACUGCUACCCCUUCACCUUCACAGACCUCCGAAAUCAUAUCGACCAGAUCCAGUCAGAUCCGAACAAGGCGAGCAAGAUCAGGAGGAAGAGGAUGUGCGAUACCGAGGCUGGGAACAUCUGCGAGAUCCUCACCUUGACAUCUCAAGUGGUAGACCCUGAAGUGCUCCGAUCGAGGAAGGUCAUUGCGAUUAGCGCCCGAGUCCAUCCGGGGGAAACGAACUCAUCCUGGAUGAUGAAGGGCCUGCUGGACUUUUUGCUCAGUGGCUGCGAGACUGCCGACAACCUCUUGGACACUUUCAUCUUCAAGAUUGUUCCGAUGCUCAACCCGGAUGGGGUGAUCAUAGGGAAUUACCGCUGCGGGCUCGGAGGAAACGAUCUCAAUAGGAUCACGAAAGGUCAGGAACAUCCAUUACAAAAUCCGAUGAAGUUUCUACUUGACUUGCGUUACAUGCGAUCAGAGAAAGAGAUUGUUCUCUUCAUCGAUCUCCACGGACAUUCGAGGAAAAACAACAUUUUCUGUUAUGGUUGCGACAGGUGA